GUGUACAAUAGUUCUGCUAACAGUUCACAAAAUGUUCAAGUGUCUGCUUUUGAUAGUCGUUUUAAGUACCCUUGCUUCAAUAAAUGUCGAAGCUAAUCCAAGUUCUGGUUCAAAGAACUGUCCCUGCGUAAUUCAGUUGACAACUUAUAGGCCUUUGUGUGCAAGUAAUGGAAAAUCUUACGUAAAUGACGAGGUGCUGGAAUGUGACAAAAAUUGCAGCAAUAAUGAUGACAUUGUUAAAGUUCACGAAGGAUAUUGCGAGGAUGACCCUCGUUCAAAGAUCUGUAAGUGUGCUCGUCCUUUCAUAUACAGUCCUGUGUGUGGAAGCGACGGACACACCUACCCAAAUUCGUGGGCACUAAACUGUGAUAAGAAAUGUUACAAUAAAAAUGAUCUCGAAAUAGUUCACGAUGGACGCUGCGAGAAAAAUUCCACACCCAAGCCAAAACCUGGUUCAAAGAUCUGCCGGUGUAAUGAUCAUCCUUACAUAAAAGAUCCUGUGUGUGGAAGUAAUGGAAAAACCUACCCUAAUUCGUGGGCAUUGGGUUGUGAUAAGAAAUGUAACAAUGAAAAAGAUCUUAGACCAAUCCAUCGCGGUCAUUGCAAUGAGAAACAUCGAUAAAGACAUACAUAAGAGAUAAUUCCGUUAUUCUGUACGAUAA